GUAGGGAGAAGUUGGGUCGGUAACGGGCCCAGUUGUUCUCUGUCAUCGUGAAAUUUAGUUCUUUACUCGGCUCAAAAUGUCAGUGAAGCAUGCUUUCAGUCGGGGGUUGGAGCUGGGGAGGUCGCUUCUCCAGCUGGGGCUCUUCAAACCAGCCGGCCGUGUGGCAGCGAAGCUCCGCGGUGAGCGGCUGCGUGUGACCCGCUCGACCCGCACCGUCCAGCCGCAGACCUUCCUGCCCGCUCGGUUCCGCUUCUUCCGCCGGUCUCUCAGCCGGCUGGCCGCCCAGCUCCAGUCCGCGGCUUUCAGGAGAGGGGUUGGAGGUGGUGCUCCCAGAAACAGAGCUGUUUUCCUGGCUUUUGGUGUGGGUUUGGGGCUGAUUGAACAGCAGCUGGAGGAGGACAGGACAAGCGCUGCUCUGUGUCAGGAGAUACAGGCCGUAUUCAGAAAGAAGAAGUUCCAGACCCCUCUGAAGUCUUUUACAUUGGGGUACAAGUUGGAGGACUAUGUGAUCGGGAAACAGAUCGGGAAAGGUUGCAAUGCAGCGGUUUAUGAGGCAGCGGCUCAAUUAACUAGUUACCCAUGCAGCCUGCGGCAGUACCUGGGGGUGUGUGUGCCGAACCGGAUGCAGGCAUCUGUCAUGCUGCUGCAGCUGCUGGAAGGAGUGGAUCACCUGUGCAAGCAGGGCAUCGCUCACAGAGACCUCAAAUCAGACAAUGUGCUCCUGGAGUUUGACAGUACCAGGUGUCCCACACUGGUGAUCACUGACUUCGGCUGUUGUCUGGCAGAGGAUUUGGGCCUCAAACUGCCCUUCAACAGCUGCUGGGUUAACAGAGGGGGAAACGCCUGUCUGAUGGCACCUGAGGUGGCCACAGCAGUUCCAGGUCCAGGGGUGAUGAUAGAUUACAGUAAAGCAGACGCCUGGGCUGUAGGGGCCAUCGCCUAUGAGCUCUUCGGUCAGCCGAACCCCUUCUACAGCUCAGAGGGACUGGAGAGCCGCACUUAUCAGGAACAACAGCUUCCUCCACUUCCUGCUUCUGUACCUGAUGAUGUACAGCUAGUAGUGAUGCUACUGCUACGCAGAAACACGCGCAAGCGCCCCAGUGCACGUGUGGCAGCUAACAUGCUUCACAUCAGCCUGUGGGGCAAGCGUGUGUUGGCCAGCUUGGAUCGGGUCAGAACGGAUGAGCUGAAGGACUGGCUGCUGUGUCAGUCUGCUGUGGUGCUGCUGAAGGGUCGUGGGUCCGGCGGGAGCAACGUGGAAGCCGAACUCCAGAGAUGCUUCCUCGCCAACAUAGACCUGGAGGACCUCCGCGCCGCAGUCAGCUUCCUCAUGUAUGGACAAGAGCAGUGGAAAUCCCUGCUAGCGCACUACACUGUGUGAGAGUGAGUGUUUACUAGAGAAACAAGCACAGCUUUCAUUUUUUGUAGAUUGUGGAAGCACUUUAAUUUUAAUGUCCAUCACUGACAUAUUUUGAAAUGAUGGCAGUUUAUGCAUUUGCACUUUUCACUAUAUAUAUAUAUACACAUUAAGAAUACGUUAUGCUGUUGAUGACUCUUUAGAAUAACAGCUUAAACCAGGUACAAAUUCAUGCCUAAUGUAAUGCAUUAAUAUUCACAGUAUACUGAAUAUUGCUUAAAAAAGUAGGCAAAUGAAUGCAGAAUAAAUUAUAUAGUUGGUGUUUUUCUGACAGGAUAUUCAAUACAAAUUUGAUUUUAACUUUUGGCAACUGAUUGCAUCAUGAAAUGUGUUACUGGAGCAGAGUUGGUUGGAGGGGUUGAAAAAGCAAUUGGGAUUUGUGAUGUCACUUCAGAGAUUGAGCAAGUGAUUAUAUUUGGAUGAAUUCGCUAUUACAAUCUUUGGAAUAACUUGUUUUGAUGAAUUGUAUAAUAUUGUGCAUGCGCAUUAAAAGUAAACAGGGUGAAUUUUGAAUGCAUGUUGACUUCAUGGUACAUAGCCUGGAAAGGAGAUAAAUGGCAAAAACAAUAAAGAAUUUGAAUAGUAUUGAAAUAAUGUGUUCAUUUGCAUGUGGCAAUAAAACAGUUUGGCGAUAAAUUACACGUUAAUAUUUACACUGCAGUAUAUUAUCAUUGUGAUAUUUGCAUUGCUUUGGAAUAAAUUGCAUUGCCCAAGAAGAAUGGGUAUAGUGCACCAGUCCUCGCAGAAAUGCAUACAACAUUAUAUAUAUAGA